AUGACAGCGCAAACAGACAACCACAUGGUGUUUUUGGAAACGACGCUGCUGUCCAUCGUGGAUGGUUACGGAAAUCGGCAUGAGGCAAGAGCUCUCCUCGAUUCGGGCUCUAUGUCGAAUUUCAUUUCCGAGGCACUGGCUCGGAAGCUCAUUGGAACACCUCGGAAGAAGGUGAACGUUUCGGUAUCAGGCAUCGGGAACGCAGUGCAGCGAGUGAACGGUUCACUUAUCGCAUCCGUGGAAUCAACGAACCGUACGCAUGUCGCUCAGCUGGAGUUGCUCAUUGUUGACGCUCCAUUCUGGCAUAUUCCACCGGCACCCGUUGAUGCGUCGGCGUGGAGAAUCCCUGAUGUGCCACUCGCGGAUCCAUCGUUCUACAAGCCUGGCCAGAUCGACAUUAUCAUCGGAGGAGACACGUAUUGGGAGCUGCAUUCCGGCAGGAAGCGGUCCCUCGGCAAAGGGAAAACGUGGCUAGUGGAAACCCCUUUCGGUUGGGUCGUCGCUGGGCAUUCGUCGAAGACUUCCGCACAAGGAUCAUCGGCUUUUCACCUUUCUACCAGCGAAUCAUCCCCACUGGAAUCGAUCUUGGAACGGUUCUGGGAACUCGAGACAAUCGGCGAUGAUCCAGCAUUAUCAACGGAGGAGGAUGCUUGCGAGAAGCAUUUCGUGGCCACUACAACCAGAGAUGCAUCUGGCAGAAUGAAGAUAGAAUACAUCAAAUUCAUGAAGGAGUAUGAGCGACUAGGGCACAUGAAACUACUCACCGAACCGAUUGAUGACACUUGUGAACACUACUAUCUUCCUCAUCACGCGGUAGUGAAGGAGACGAGCACAACCACGAAGGUCAGAGUUGUAUUCGAUGCUUCGUGUAAGACAUCCUCGGGUUACUCAUUGAAUGACAAGCUGUUGGUUGGGCCUGUGAUUCAAGACGACCUUUUCAACAUCAUCGUUCGGUUUCGUUCGCACGCAGUCGCCCUAUCAGCGGAUGUAGAGAAGAUGUAUCGCCAAGUGCUGCACGAUGAAUGCGACCAACGAUACCUUCGCAUUCGGUACCGAGAGAAUCCGGAAGUACCGAUUAAAACCUACCAGCUACAAACAGUUACCUACGGUACCGCAUCGGCGCCCUUUCUGGCAACUAGGACCUUGCAACAAAUCGCUCAUGAUCAUCAAACGCACUAUCCAAGAGCGGUGAAUGCAGUACUCCACGACUUCUAUGUGGACGAUCUACUAACAGGAACAGAAGACGUAGCGGAUGCGACUGAGAUACGGAAGCAGAUAUCGGGAAUGCUUAAUUCAGCUGGCUUCUCGUUGAAAAAGUGGGCAUCCAACGUACCGGAAGCUCUAGAAGGUGUCUCAUCGGAUGAUUUGGCAAUGCUUCCUACUCACGAAUGGCAAGAUCAACAAUUCGUAUCAACGCUGGGCUUGUUCAACAGGUUAUGGGCCCAGCUCAGUGUGGCCAGUUCAAUUGAAAAGUGCGCGACGCGGUUCGGAAUCACAGUGAUUUUUUCGGCGUGA